AUGUUACCAUAUAAACAAGGAGCCUUGAGGAUAAGGCUACCUAGAUCUAGAUGUAUUGCAUCUACCUUAAUUCAACCAAUAAGGUUUCAGUCUACUCAAUCUCAAAUACAAUCACAACCACAAACAACAAUCAGUAAUUCUACUACAUCAGUUAAUUCAAACCAAAAUCAGAAAUUCAAAUCUAAUUAUAUAAAAAGAACAAACCCUAAAUUGAAUGAUAUAAGUAAUCAAAUAAAAUCAACAUUACAAUCAGAUAAUUUACAGGAAUCAAAAGAAAUUUUUGAAGAAGGUAUCUCAUUUUUAAGAGAAAUUCAACAAGAUGAAUUUAUAAACGAUCGUGAAUUGUAUUUUUCAUUUGUACCUUUAGCUUCCGAAUUAUUAUAUAAAUUGAAAGAAAGCGACGUAAGUAGCUUGGAAAACUUACAAAAUUUAAUCAACUUGUUUGUCAAAUAUCGUAUUGCUCAUCAAAGUCAUUUUACUGAAUUAGCUCUCCAAAUAUUGAAAAAUCAAGAUGAUACCAACAAAUUUCAAAAAUUGAUUCAAUUAUGGGUUCAAUUUGUGGAAUACGAUAAACUAAAUUAUACACCAUACGUUCAAUUUGAAAAUAUCCCAAAUCAAUUUCAAUAUAAAUCAUUCCAUUUACCAAAUAUAGUGUUUUACAAUUAUGUUUUAUCUUGUCCUACUGGUAAAUACUCAGAAGAAGACGCUGUCAAAUUCACAAUUAAUGGUAAAAUCCCAUUAUAUAGAGAUGUUAUGAAUACAUUAAAAGAUUUAAACUUAUUUGACUCAGACCAAUUCAAUAAGUUUAGAUCAGUUUUAGAAAAUGAAAGGAAAAACAAAAUCAAUCCAAAUAGUGAAGAAAUGAUUCAAAGAAUUUUUAAAUCAGUGGAUAAAAAACAGUUAGAUAAUAUAUAUUUAGAAAUUGCAGAAAUUUGUUCAAUUCGUGAUUCAAAAAUUGAUGAAAAAAUAAUGAUACAAUUAAUGGAUAAAUAUUUAUAUUUUGAUGAAUAUGAUCAAGUAUUUGGUAUGUUUCAAAAUAUAAUAAGUUCUGGGUUAAAACCUUCAAUAGAUGCGUGGAACUUGGUAUUGAGAGCUAUGAUUAAUCCAAAUAGGUUUCAAGAUGCUAGUUCAAAACAAAGAGAAGAAUUGAUGAAAAAAUUUGAGAGAACUUUAAAGACAAUAACUGCUAGUGGAUUACAAUAUGAUGCUGGCACUUUGAGUUCAAUAAUUACUGCAUAUGCUACUGCCAAUAAAUUUGAUGUUGCUGAAGAUUAUGCUAAAGAGUAUAGUUCAUUAGGAAUCAAUAAUAUAGCGAAAGAUGGUAUAUUAAGAGGUUUAAUUUUCAACAAUAAAAUAGAUGAAGCAGAAAAUAAAAUGAAAGAAUAUAUUAAUGAGGGUACUAGUUAUAAACCAAGUAGUGGUACAAUGAAUGAUUUUUUGUCUUACUACUCAAAAAGAAAAAAUUAUAAAGCAAUGUUUGGUAUUAAUGAAUUUAUGCAAAUGAACAACAUUGAAGAAAAUGUUGCAUCAAUUACUACAAUGAUAAAUGCAUAUUUCAAAUACCUUAUAGCAAUUGGUAAAACUCCAAACCUAUUAGAUUUAUUAAAUACUUUAAAAGGUGCAAAACAUUUAAAUGAAUAUUCGUAUGCAUCUGUAUUAAACGGUUUAGUUCAAUCAGCAAAUAUUGAAGCUGCAAGACAAUUGUAUAAAGUGUUAAGAAAUAAAUUCCCAAGAUCCGCUUGGAUCCAAAGUAAUAUGUUAGCUGGUGAAUUAUCAUUUGGUGAUAUUUCAGCUGGUGAAAAAAUUUUUAAUCAUUAUAUUAAAAACAUUAGAAAUGAUGUACAAAUUUGGAAUACAUUUAUAAGGAAUGUUUUAAAUCGUGAUGAGAAUUUAGCUUUCCAGUACUAUCAAAAUUUAAAAACUCAACAAGGAUCAAAUGUAAAACCAAACCAAUAUACUUAUCAUUUUAUAUUAAACCAUUUUUUUGCUAAAAAAAAUAAAGAAGCUAUACAAGGAAUAUUACAAGAUAUAGCGAGAAAUCCACCGGCUACUUAUGGCACUGAAUUACCAAGAUUAUUGAAUAAUAUCAAUAACAGAGUUGUUGAAGUACCAGCGUCAGUUUUACAACAAAUUAAAUAA